AUGAGCUGGCUUAUCGAUGUUUUGAUACCGGGAAAGGCAAGUGACGAUCAGACGGAAGGCGAGGGGAAGGCUGUGGGACGAAGUGAAGCUUGCUUACGUAGAGGUAAGGGCGGCGCAAGGCGGUACAAAACUCCCAGCCCUCAGCUGCUGCGCAUGAGACGUCAAGCAGCGAAUGCAAGGGAGCGACGACGAAUGAACAACCUGAACGAUGCUUUUGACAGGGUCAGCGCUCACUUGCAUGCUUUCCAUCCGAGGUGGGCUAAACGUAGCGACAGUGUAAUUUGCUGGCAAAUGAGUAUCAAAACAGUCACUCGUUUGGGAGUUGCUCGGUAG